GAUUUGAAAUAUUGGCAUGUAAUGGGUAUUGCUAGGUCUAGUUGAUUUAUUUCAGGAAAUUAGCCCCACCCCUUUUACUUAAGUCAACUGUGUAAACCUUUGAAGAUAUUUUAGGAAUGUCCCAAAACAGCUCUUGGGCUAAAUCAUUUAGCUAACUCUGAUCAGUCAUUCGAUUUAGAUCAUCUUUUAAAGGAUACCCAAUGUGUGUGAUGUCAUUCGGUCUUGUUUGUCAGUUAGCUACUGGCUGGCUCGCCAUUUUUAUUUUAUAGCCACUGCUUGGCUCACUGUUUCGCUGGGCUUGGCUGGGUCAACAUUUUUACAGUCCUGUCUGGGUUGUCAUUUUGAAGGCCAUGACUGACCAGCUAAUUAUGCAGACCCUGGCUGGCUCACCAUUUCCUAACUGGCUUACCAUUUUUUUAUAGGUCAUGUCUGGCUUGCCAUUUCUUUUACAGUCCCUGGCUGAAUCACUGCAUCAAUGUCCUAACUGGCUUGCCAUUGCCAUUUUGUUCAGGCUCUGUCUUUCUUGCUAUUUUUUUUACAGGCUCUGACUGGCUCACCAUUUUUUUCAUCCCCUAUCUCUCUUGCCAUUUUUUUUUUUUUGCAUAUCCUGGCUGGCUCACCAGUUUUUGCAGUUCAUGGCUGGUUUACCAUUUUCCCCAGACUCUGACUACCUUGCCAUUUUUCCAGGGCCUUCUUGGCUUGCUAUUUUCAGGUCCUGGCUGGCUCGCCAAUUACUAGAUUAUUAGAUCAUAAUGCAUAAAAUCUACUUCCAUAAAUUACCAGAAAUUAUACAAAUGGCAUAGAUUUACACAGGAUGGAAACAAAUUCAAGUCCAGAACCAGGUCAGGAACAGGGUUGUCAUGGCAAUGUGUUCAGUGGUACCAAGAAUGUCCGUGCUCAUUGAUCAUUCUGGUCACGCUGCUGUCACGACGUCAGUCUUUUCACUGAUCCAUCUUGGACUCUUGUGGGAAUGUGAAAAGAGAAUUAACACCACAAAGAGAAUCCCUCUUUCACUUCCACCUGUUUUAGAUUGUAAAGAGUGUUUCAUUUGAGCAGUGCUGCACUUGUUUUUGGACUAGUUUUUUUUUUUUUUGGCUUUUCUUUAACUGCCUGCCAUGUGCUGAAACUCAAAGUGGAAUUCAAACAAAAAUGUCUGUGAGCAGAAAUACAGACAUAACAAUCUUGUAGGUGUUGUAUAAAGAUACUUUAACGAUACAAAAUUCAAACCUUUAUGAUAAAGAAUGAACACCAGCACCACUUCCUGAGCAGUUCUAGAUCUUAGCAUGACCUUGGAUUAACGGUAUCACAGAUAAAGUGUAGGUGUACAUCCAGAACAGAAUAAUCUGUUCAGCUCACUUUCCUCAGUUCCCUGAAAUUUCCCCCCUUUUUUAAGUCGAGGACAUGUUUGCACAUGCUUGACGAAGCCAAGUUUUUUUUUUUUCUCCCCUUCUCACUCCUCUCUUGUGUUGUGCUGAGUCGACUGAAAUCCUUAAAGCGUGCUUGAACACAAAAACCUGAUUUUUAAGCAUUUAACUACAUUUAGACGCUCACUGGAUGCAUUCAGUUGUUUGGGUCAAAUAUUUUAUCAUAGUAGUAAAUUUUACUACAUUUACUAAAUGUACAGUUUCCUUUUAAAACAAAGAAUUUCUCAAAACUUCUAUAUAAAAGUCUAUAAAAACUGGUUCGGGGGCGGGGCUUCAUAUGGCUUUGUGAUAUCACGAAGUAAUCAGCAUUGGACCAAUCAUGUAACAGAGUAGAGGGUUGUAUAUUUUUUUUUGCUACCCGGAAACUGUGAACCUGUGUGCUGGGCUAGCUAGCUGAUUAACUUAGCUAAUGUUAAUCUGUAUUUUGACAUACAGACGCUGUUCUAUAAAUAAAUCUAUAAAAAUCCAAUUUUUGUCGACUUGUGAUUAAUACACAAUUAAUCUCGGUCGUUUACUAGCAGCCGAAUGGUUUGUUUUUGUUAUUGGAAAAUUCCACCCUGAACGACUUGCAUAUUAAUAAUAAUUAUAAUCAAUGUGUCAUCAUCAAUUGUACAAAAGAUUUAUUUUUUUGUACAAAACAUCUCACACUUCUCACAGGAAUAACGUAGAUACCCCGCCAACCAACAAAUUAGCAGCAGAAUCACUCAACACAGCAGAAAUAUUUCAAUAGAAGCAUAUUUAAUGUGUUUCAGGGUGAAGUUUAAGUUUAACGUUACUGAUAUGGGACUAUUUGAGAAAGAGGAGUGCACAUUCAUAAACCCUGGCCCUUUUUGUGUUAUUAUGAAGAGAAAGCGUGGAAACGUCGACAGAUUUCAAGCUAAACGCUUAGCAGUACGGCAGAGGGCGCUGUUUUCACGCAUGCGCAGUGCGUCCAAGAGUGCCCUCGUACAUUUGUAAGCGCUCGCCGCUCUCGUGGAUUCUCACACACACACACACACACAUAGAAAUCACGGCUGGGUGGAUCUCAGGCCUCCACAGUCGGACUCAGAAAACCAGAAUGGAUUAAAGGAUUCAUGCUUGAGAGAUUUUUCUGACUCUUUUUUUACUUUAAAAACAUAUAUAUAUAUAUAUAUAUGUUUCUAUAUUUAUUUAUUAAUGUAACUAUGCCAGCCGGGUUAGUAUGGAAGCGCGCGCUGUUGGACCGUAGCUCGGUGCAGUUCUGACGUUAUUACUGAGUUCGGAGAGAGCAUGUGGUUUAUUGCGACGAGCUGUUUAGUGCCAUAGUGUUCUUCUUCCGGUUUUUUUUUUUGCUUUGUUUUUUUUUUUUAAAUAAACUCCGUUGCAAAGUGCACGUGCACGUCCGCUGUGUCCCGGUCGGAGAAAUGCGCGCGCACGCGGACGCGGCCGCGGUUCGGUUCCUCCGCCUGUGCGCGCUCGCCGUGUGUGUGUGUGUGUGUACAGGAGAGGACGGGUCCUGCCAUGGAGCCUUUGAUCUAUACUUUGUGCUGGACAGGUCCGGCAGCGUGUCCACCAACUGGCGGGAGAUAUACGAAUUUGUGGAGCAGCUAACCAAUCGCUUUGUAAGCCCGAAGAUGAGGGUUUCGUUUAUCGUGUUCUCCUCGAGCGCAGAAGUCAUUCUCGCCCUCACCGGAGACAGGACUGCCAUAGACAAAGGUUUGGAGCUCUUGAGUAAAAUCAGACCUGCUGGUGACACCUACAUGCACGAGGGACUGAAAGCGGUGAUAGAGCAGAUGGAAGCUCAGAGCGCGAGAGCAUCGAGCAUCGUUAUCGCACUGACUGAUGGGAAACUGGGCAUCUACCCACAUGAGCUCGCAGUGCAGCAGGCUGAUCUGGCGAGACAGUACGGAGCCCGUGUUUACUGUGUAGGAGUGACUGACUUCGAUGUCCUACAACUUGUUGAUAUUGCAGACAGCAGAGAGCAGGUGUUUCCUGUGCUGGACGGAUUCCAGGCGCUCAAAUCGAUUGUGAAUUCUAUUUUACAGAAGUCCUGCGUAGAGAUCUUUAACGUCGAGCCUUCCAGCGUUUGUGUGAACGAAUCCUUCAACAUCGUUCUAAGAGGGAGGGGCUUUACUCAGGGGCGGAGCUCAGAGGGCGUGGUCUGUACGCUGUCUGUGAAUCAACGGGAAGCUUACAAUGAAAAGCCGAGCGUUGUGAAGGACACUUAUGUGCUGUGUCCGGCUCCGCUGUUGACCGAAGUUGGACACUCAGUUGAAGUGCUGAUUAGCUUUAAUCAUGGCCACUCCUUCAUUACAAGCCCUAUUACGAUCUACGCCACCACAUGUUCCAAUGGCGUGGUGGUGGUUGUGGUUCUCCUGGUUCUGCUGGUGCUCGUGGCUCUGGUUCUGCUUUGGUGGUUCUGGCCGCUCUGCUGUACCGUGGUCAUUAAAGAUCCUCCGCCCUCUCGACCUCCUCCUCCUCCACCUCCUCCACUUAUCGAGCCGGAGGAAGACCCCCUACAGAAGAAGAAAUGGCCCACCGUGGACGCGUCGUACUAUGGAGGCCGAGGAGUCGGUGGGAUCAAACGCAUGGAGGUUCGCUGGGGAGGAAAAGGCUCCACUGAGGAAGGAGCGCGACUGGAGAAAGCCAAAAACGCUGUGGUCACAAUGCCCGAGGAGGAGGAACUGGAGGAGCCCAUUGUAAAAGCUCCUCGCAGACCACCACCUCCUCAUCCUCCCCCACCUCCAUCUAAAUGGUACACCCCGAUUAAGGGCCGUUUCGACGCUCUGUCAGCUUUACUACGGAGACAGUACGACCGAGUCGCCGUGAUGAGACCUACAGCACAUGACAAGGGUCGCUGCAUCAAGUUCACAAGGAUUCAGAGUCACUAGUUCACUCACUGUGUCUUUUUAUUGUUGUUGUUUUGUACACAAUUUUGUAUAAGCUAUGCUCCGCCUUUAGAUUACUGUACAUGAUUUCCUUCUAUAUGUUUGUGUGAUAUGUUUCUAAAUACUGAAAAGUUCUAAUUUUUAUUGGUCAAUUCUGCUGAUUGUAUGCACUUAUGCACUCUUUGUGUGGAGUUUCACUAUAGCAAUAUUAUUAUUAUAUACAGCAAUAUAUCAAUAUUUAUUAGUAAAAUGAAAACGGAUUUUUAGAUCACUUGCGGUUAGAUUUUUGAAAUGACAGAAACUACAAUCUGACAUGUCACCGCCCCAGACCAGGUAAUCAUUCACAAAGUGCAACUACAUAAGUUGAUGCUCCAAUAGCAAUGAAAAACUCUACACAGACCUUUUCAGCACUAAUCUCAUGAUUUUAAUCUGACUGCACAUGUUUAGUAGCAUAAUGGCGUCUUCUGACCACUGCUGACUGUAAAGAAAAUAAAAGAGUUGUGUUUUUGUUUUUUUAA